AUGAAACAUAGAGAUCUAAUAUUCACAGUUUUAAUACUACUCUCAUCUAUUUUAAGAAUUACUUAUACGUUAGAAGUGUUAAUCGAUCUGAAUUUCUAAAAGAGAAAAAAUUGUCUUUAAGAUAUUUAAAACUAAGUUACUUACUUAGCUGGAUAUCCAUACAAUUAAUUAUGUGCAAUGAAUUGUUUUAACGAUUCUUUUGACAACAGUGAUCCUUUAUCUGUGCUUGAAAUAAUAUAAGGACUUGGUGCCCAAUUUACAUUUCCAUUAGCUAGCUACACAGAACCUUAUUCUUACAUAUAGCUAGAUGUGAGCUAUGUCAUAUUAAGCUCAGCAAAUGAUUUACUUAUGAAUAUUAAUGGGCUAGCAUCAAAAUAAAUAGGAAUUUCAUCAACUUAAAGCAUUUAUUCAGACCCUUCUUAGAUUUUUUGCUACAGAAGAUAAACAGUCUUAUAUACAACUUCAUUGGUUUUAAAUUAAUAAAUUUCAUCAGGUUAAAAUGUUGUUGUUUAGUUUGAUGGUACAUCAUCAAAUAUGAUGACGUACUUGAGGUCAAUAAAAGUAUCUAAAAAUUGCACUCCUAACUGCUCAAAAUGUUAAAGUGCAAAUUCAUGCAGUAUGUGCUAUGAUGGAUACUCUCUUUACAGCUUUGAUUCAGGUCCAUCAGUAUGUGAACAAGUUGGAGUUUGCUCUACAGCUAACUGUUUUUCUUGUGCUUAGUAUAGUGGAAAGGAAGUUUGUCUAAAAUGCAGUUCUGGUUUUAAUCUAAAUUCCUCCAAAUAAUGUGAUUAAAAUUCCCCAGCACCUCUAUCUCCUUGUUAAGCAAAUUAGUAUUCAUUUGGUGGUAAAUGCUAGCCAUUCAGUUCUAUUGGAUAUUACUAAGAUAGGCAAACAGGAUCUUUCAAGCUUAUAAAUAGUGCAAUUGUGGAUGUCCAAAAGACCUAUAAAUGUCCUUAGAAUUCUCUAGCCAUUGUGCUGAAAGAUAAUAAUUAUCAAAAUUAUUAGUGCAGAUGCAUGUUUGCUAACUGUACUGCUUGUUCAAGCAUAGACACUUGUGAUUUAUGUAUUACUGGAAUGGAAUUUAGUUAAUCUUAGAUGAAAUGUAUUAAGCUAACAUAUUCACAAAAUUCUUACAAAGUUGUUCAGAAAGUUACAGAAACCGGAUAUCUAUUAGAAUUGAUUUUUGAUAAUAAUUUAGUGAGUCAAUAAUUAUCUCAAAAUAAUUUGAAUUUGACUAUUUCUAGCUUUAAUAGCUUCUCCUACUAAUUGAUAGGAAUCUAAAAUAACACCAUAGCUAUCAACAUCUCAUGUACAGAAAAUGUAAAAAACAAAAUGUUCAAUUUGACUAUUACAGAUUCUGAUUUUUUAGCUAAAAACCUGAUCACUUAACCUUCUGUAUAAGGUUAAUUAUUGACAUUUGUUAUUGUUUCUUAAUCAGAAAUUAACUCUGCGAAAGAUUUAAACAAAACAGGAGGAAAAAUAUCUAAAGCCUCUAUGAGCAUAUUUAUAAUUAUGGCGAUAUUCGGUAGCUUCUUUGCGUUACUAAGCACUGUUGACUUUAUUGGUUUUGUGUAUUUCCUGUUUUUCUUGAACAUUCGCUAUCCAAUCAAUAUUUAGAACUUUGCUGAAGUUUUAAAAAACUUUUAAAUGGGAUUUUUCCCUAAUUUCUUUAGCGGCGCAGUGAAUUCGAAUUACUUUUAAAAUUCUACCCUCUAAUUCAUGCAAUAAUAAUUUGAUGGAUAUUUCUUGAAUACAGCAGGAAGCAUAAUCAGCUUUUUUAUUGUAAUUAUAUGUGUUUAUCUUUUGAUAAAAAUAUUCUCUGGAAUAUAGCUACCUAAUAUCUAGGACUAUUGCAAGAGAGUAUGCUACUAAACAUGGGAAUUCGGUGGAAUAUUAAGUGCUGUUUGGGCCAUAUAUAUCUACGUAUUAGGUUAUGUGUUUAUACAAUUUUACAAAUUUGAUUGCUCUGAUAAUUCUUGUGGAUUUAACUAUUUCUGGUUUGGUUGCUGGGCAUUUUUCUGCGCAGCUAUUCCUUGUGUAGUUUUUUAUUUAAUAAAAACAAAUCCUAAUAUAAAAGAUGACAGAUAUAUGAGAGUUAAGUGUUCUUCUUUAAUAGCUGGAUUGAAGCUUUUUAGCAAUAAGGAUUCCUUUUUAACAAGAGAAAAAGACGAAGAAAAUAAUACUCCUCCCGAUACUAAUAAUUUAUUCCCCAACUUGACCUAAUCAAAAUCUUCAGUUUAAGAAGAAGAGAAGGGAUGGAGAGCAUAAAUGGUAAGAAGAUUCUCUAGAUAUAAUAUUGUGCUUCUAUACUUCCGCAAAAUAGCAUUCCUUUUAAUAAUUGUAUAUUUGUAUAAAUAUACUUAUGCAUAAAUUGCAAUAAUAUCAGUGAUGAAUGUUGUGGUCGCUUUAUUUUACUUGUUGAUCCAGCCAUAUGAAAAAAAAUAUGAAAAUUAUAAGAAUGCAGCUUUUGAAAUAGUAAUGAUUGUUAUUUAAAUUUUGUUUGCUUUUUUGGUAAAAGACUCCUAGUCUUAAAGUGAAGCAAACCGCAUUCUAAUAGGAUGGAUUGGAAUAGCAUUGGUAUGUAUUGUAAUUUUGUGGUCAUUUAUAAGUAUGAGUGUAGAAGUGUUAUACGAGUUGUUCCUUUAUCUAAAGUCUCUAAAAAGCAGAAGAAACAGAUCUAAAGUUGCUAACUUCGAUGCUGCAGAGCAUGGCUAAGAAAAUAACCAUGAUAUCUCUCCUUCAAACGAAGCUAAAAAGAGAACAACUAUUCUAUAAAAGUUAGAAAACUAAUAAUUUUAAAAUGUCAAAGAAGAACCUAUUGAAGAUGAAGAGGAAAAUGGUCUGCCUGUUUAAUCUCAAAGAUUAAAAAGAGCUAAGUUCUCUCAAAUUUAGUUAAGAAAAGAAUCAAGUGUUAAUAACUUAGAAACUUUUGUUGAUCACACAAAUGCUUCUCCUGAAGUAUCCCCAAAGAGAAAGCGUGUAUCUAGGUUAUCAAUAACAAACUUUAUCCCUCAACCUACCCAAGUUUCAAAUGUGUAGUAAAACGAAAAUGCCGGUGAGUCUGCCUAUGACAUACCAAAUUCUAAUUAUCAAAUAAUCAAUCCUGAAACAUAAAAAUCACCAAUAGGAACGAAUUCUUAAACACCUUCGAAAGGAAGGUUCAAUAAGAUCAAAGCUAUUUUAGAAAGUUGA